GACGGCGAGCGCCCGGGGCGCGGGGCCUCCCCGAGAGGCCGUUGAGGAGGAGGAGGAGGAGGAGGAGGAGGAGGCCCGAGCCAUGCUGCAGCUCGGGGCGCGGCGGCGGCCGGCGAACGCGGCGCUGCUGCGCGCGCGGCGCACGGCGGCCUCGGCGGGCGAGGGCGCGCUGGCGGCCGCCGCGGAGCUCCUGCGGCCGCCGGGGCAGGACGCGGGCCUGCAGUCGCAAAGUCGUUCCAGCACCACGUCGGCAGCGCGCUGUCCCGCGGGGAGCCCGUCGGCAUCCUCGCCCGCGGGUCGGCGGCCGCGCGCCGGGCGCUGCUGGCGCUGGCGACCACCGCGCGGCGGGCGUCCGAGUUCGAGGUCUCCUGGGUCGGUGAGGUCGGCGCGAGGACGCAGGAGGGCCACGCGCUCCGCUUCGUCGCGCGCGCGGGCCCAGAGUGGGAGGAAUACAUGCGCACCCGGUUCCACGACACCAAGGACUUCCGGGUGACGGAGGAGACCAAAGCGAUCUCCCUCGCAAGGGCCAUCGCGGCCGCGUUGGCGAGUCAGAGCAACCCCGCGGUGCGAGUGCACGCGUUCGACGACGACGCGGUGGCGACGUAUGCGCUGGUCAAGGCCCUUGCGAUGGUACCCUUGGUGCAGGGCUACCGCCGCCUGCGUUGCGUCCCCAACGUGGUGCGGCCACAGGAGGACGCCCGCCGGAGGCUGUUCGUGUACGUGCAGAACGGGGACCCUGUGCAGCCGCCUGCCUACACAGGUGCAACCUUCACGGCGUACCCGCCCGGGGCCGCCCCGGGCUCCGACUCCUUGCGCCGCUUCUGCGCCGCGGUGUGCGACCGCCUGCGGCGCGGCGACGUCGUGGCCAUGGCCUGCCGCGGCCCGGACGCGGUGAGCCACGCGCUGCGCGCCCUGUGCGAGCUGCAAGACCACGCGGCGGAGUUCGGCGUGCCAUGGCCGAGAGCCCGGGCCUCGAGCCCUCUUCGCCGAAGCUGCACGUUCUGCACUUGAACGCCCGGCGCGCGGAGUCCUGGAGCGCCUUCAAUUCCACCGACUUUUCGAAGACGAACCUGGUUUUUGCGACCACGUCCUCGUCGGUGAAGGAGCUGACGCUCAGGAUAGACAAGGAGAUUCGGCAGUUUGGAGCCGUGUCCAUCCACACAUACUCGGACAACAAGGCUACCAUCAACCUGGCAGCCAAGGCGCUUGCAGGGGCUGCUUUGGUGGAGGAGUUGCGUUGCGUGCCCAGUUUCGGCAGGACGGCCACUAAGAGGAAACCAGUGCUGCGUCUGUACGUUCGACGCCCUGCAGCCAGCUGAGCGGAAAAUACAUCGAUCACCGAUUGAUCUGGCGUGUGUAUUAGUGUCUAAGCCAUGCUCGCCAUUGGCCCAUGUCGUCUGCUCGAGCCAAGGUGCUGGUGGCACGCGUUCGUAUCUACGGAGAGAAACGAUUCCCUAGAUCUGGGACCGCACGAGAGCACUCCUUAGAAUCUGUGCAGUCUAUUAGAUUUGUAGCUGAUUUAUGUCAAAGCGUCCAAGUCGUUUGUUGAUUACUCGCACUUGACUUCCAGUACGUCGCUCGCACAUGAUUCGCAGCCUG